AGAAAAACUUUUGUUUGAUUUUUCAAUUGGAGUCUAGUAAAAGACACUUUUAACGUUGCAUUCAAAACUGGUGAGCGUAACAGAAAGGCUAGGAUUUUAGCUAUUAUGGUUUUGGUUAUGGUUAUCAUAGGACCCCUUCACGGUGAAUUUGUUGUGUGGUACAUGUUCGUACGUUACACUUUUCAUUGGAACGAAAUUGAGUAUAGCAUUUUCUGCACGUACUAUUCCAUCGUACAUAUUGUUGGAACCGUGUUUGCGUUGAUGUUCUUCUCGAAAUACUUGAAGUUAGACGAUUCACUCUUAGGCAUGAUUUCGAGCAUGAGUAAAAUCCUCUCAUCGUUCGUCUAUGCAUUCGCCCCAAAUUCAACAAUAUUUUACUGCGGUGCAAUAAUUGAAAUGUUUAAUGGCACAUCAUUCAUUGCCAUGCGUUCGAUAAUAUCAAAACUAGUGCCGGUUGAUGAAUUAGGCAAGAUUUAUUCGUUGUUUGGCUUGUGUGAAGCCCUUAUGCCUUUGGUCUACGGCCCUAUGUACAGCUACAUCUAUAAGAAUACGAUAAACUUCAUGCCGGGCAUGUUUUUCAUCGCCGGCGGCAUCCUAACCGUGCCAUCAGUAAUAAUGUUCGGUUGGUUGUACUUCGAGCACAAAAGGGACUUGCGGCUCGAUGCAGAAAAGAAAAACGACGAAGCGACGGCAAUGUUGGAGAAAACAUCAAAUAACGGUAAAACAAAUGGCACCUCGAAUGGCAUUGCGAAACCAACAUCUACAUGAUACCUACCAGAAUGUUAUUUUAUUAUUAAUUCAUAUAUUUGCGUAAAAAUAUUUUAUUUAUUUAUUAAAUGCAUUAAAAUUGUUUAAGAUAA